AUAAGGAAUUGUGUUUGAAAAGAGUGGGUGGACUUGAGUUGGUUGUUUUAUUGGCAAAGGUUUAAAAGGGGUUUGAGUGCAGGGGUCGUGGAGUCAGUUUUUGUUGGGAAGUGUUGGACUACUCAGGUGAAGCGGAAAUUAGUGGCGAUUUUUAUUUAUUGGAAGGGAUUUAGUAAUAAUUAAUAGAUAAUCGGAAUGAAAUUUCUAGUGGUUCUUGUCGCCGUCGUGGCGUACGCUCACUUAGGAAAUUGUGGCGUCGGAGUUUUGACACCUGCGAUAGAGGCUGAGGCUUUGAGAUUGUGGCAUUCUUAUUGCAAUGGUGCCAGCGAAGGAGGUACUGACGGGUCCACGUUUAUUUAUUGUAAACGAUCCAAUGAAAAUUAUGAGGAGUCCCUGCAACACAACGUUGAGCUUCCAAGAGGUCAAGAACAAGGGCAGCAAGUAGUGUUUGUCCAGCCACCAAGCUACCAUUAUAAACACGACGUUAUCGUCUCUGGAGGCGGUGGUUCUGCUCCCAAGACUGUCAUCUACGUUAAACCAGCCAAAAACACCAACGAAGUCAACAUCGUUGACCAGACUCGGCCAAACGCUGCCCCACAGAAGCCCACUCUCUUCUUUUUGAAGGGAGGUCACGGUGGGGAAAGUCAAACCCAAGUCGCUGCUCAGCCACAGCAGCCACAACCUACACAAUCCGGUUACAAUUAUCCUCCUCCCACUCAAAAUGGCUACAAUUACCCAACCCCCAGACCCACCCCACAAAGUGGGUACAACUACAACGCCCCACAAAGAGGACUUCGGUAUUAAAGGAGCAAUAGAUUAAAUUAUUUAGCUCUUUAUAUUUUCUUAUGUACCUUCUUAUAUUUAUUUUUACGCAAUGUUUCAGUAUUGUAAAUUGUAUUCUUCUCAGGCGUGAAUUGCCAAAUUGUAAGGCUUACUUUCUAGAUUCCAGGAAUAAUAAAAUUUUAUGACAACUGUUGAA